GAUUUUUGAAAAAUUGAGUCAAUACAUUGAAGAGAUGCAGUUUUUGCCAAACGAAGUAAGAACAUUCUUGAACUUGUUUUGUAUUAAAAAAUACAUUAACAUAAUUGUUUUAUUAUGAAUUAACGUUUGUUUUUUUCCAGUUGUGUCAUAUGGCAACAUUGCGUUGUUUCCAUGGAAACAUACUUUGCACUGUAAAACACAUCGGAAUUCGAAUUGGUCAUUCUGGUAUAAUGAACUCGUCCAAACUUAAAAAGCUUAGAACUAAUUUGGGAAUGAAAGGGAUAAACGCGAUUAUAGCGUUUCAAAUCCUUUGCGUUAUUUCGCUUGCUUGUCCCACCAAUAAGACCACAUAUUUUCCACGCGUAAGACGCGAGAGUGACGUCUAACUAGCUAAAUCAACUUCAACUUUUGUUCAACUAGCUAAAUCAAUUUUAACAAUAACUUUUGUUGGGAUGUUAUAUAAAAUGUGCGAAAUUAAGGCGUAAGGCGUUUUCAGCUUGGAGAGGAUUCUCUCGUUCGUCUUCACAUGAAGGAUUUUUCUCGCGAUUUUAAAAGCUUUUUUUUCUUUCUUCUUUAAUUUGCACGAGUUUUUAUGUUUUUCCCCACGGCUUCCAUCACUUUUCUAAUGGUAAAUGUGUUUAAAAACAUGUCUUCAAUGUAAUUUGUUGGUUCAUUGAUGUUCGGAUCUCUUCUUUUUAGUUAAAGGGACUAGCUGGAAAUUUUCUCACAAAUUUUGGAAACGCUAACAGCCAACUUCUACAACUAAAUCCUCGACAAUCUGGCAAUGACAGACGGCUAAUUAAAGUAUUGGUUCAUUUUCUUAUCGUAAUAAAAUGUUUGCCUCAGAAUCGAUUGCUGCAACCUCUUACGAAUCUUGCUUUAAAUCCAGCCGUGAUGAUGGUAAGAAUGAUUAGUAACAUGCGUUUUUUAAUAUCAUUUUCCGAUAAAUUUGAUAAAGUUUACGGUUUUAAUAAUAAUUUGAACUAUUCGUCAUGCAAGUUUGUAAAUUUAACGCAAAUAUCACAAAAAGACAAUUAUCUUGUUUACAAAUGUUCACCAGAAAAUUUUGUUAAGUAUAAUGAAGUGAUAUCCAAAUAUUUUAGGCGAAGUCAAAAGUGUUUCGAGCAAAGGCAUUUCGUUAGGAAUUUUUCAUUGAGAUGGUGGAUAAAUAUGUGCGUCUUUGUUUUAAAACGAGCUACUGACUGAUUGCAAGAUUAUAUGUUACAAAGAUAAACCAAUCAAAAAGGAAAAGUGUGGUACUUGCCAGACAUGCUACUAUAAAACAUGAAAGCCCCUGUCUAAAAAGGGUAUAUGUUUUAUGUUUUAGCUUGCAAGAGAUGUUUCGAAUGAUUUUACUCAAUUACUCCGGCUUUAGAUAUUUAAGCUGUGAUCCUUUUUAGUGCAAAGUUGCUUUGCACUAUAUUGUUAUGAGAAAAAUUCAAUCCAGUGACCAAUCAGUGGAUCGAUCGAUCGAUCGAGUAAACAAUCUAGGGGGAGCUUGGAAAUUAUUUUUUAUUACGUGUUUUAGAGCUUUGCGACGUUCGGCCAACUAAUUGUUUAUAGCAGUUUAUAGAUUAUAAAAAUCUAUAUUUAUAUUCAUGAUGGUACAUGUUCGUACUUAUUUUAUCCAACAUUUAGAGAAGUUAUAACCAAAUUGCUGUUACAUUUCAGUCAAGCACUUGUUAUUACAUGAUUCCCCCCCUGCAACAUAAAACAAAUGAAUAAAUACACGUGCUCUCAUAUAAUAUCAAUUUACAGUGAAGGGCAUGGACGAGCGGUGACUAUUGAACGGCGGUGUGAAAUCGUGUAGACUAGAGUGUAUUACAACUGUGGUUAUUACAAAUGAGAAAAUCUUUGAGAUUUUACCCAAUAUAUAAAUUGAUAUUAUGCAUACGGGCAUUCAAUUAAGUGCCGAUAUUAUUUUGAUGGUAUAUUUAUUAUACAGAGCUAUACUAGGAAGGAGCGAGACAGUGUUGUUUUCAAAUGUAUAAAGACUAUAAACAUUUCAGAGUCGUAAAUGUUGAGAGAAUCUUUGAGAUUCUAUAUUCAUUAUACAGAGAUAGGAAGGAGCGAGCAAUGUUACUUUCAAAUGUGUAAACAUUUCAGAUGUGAAUAUUGAGAAAAUUUUUGAGAUUCUACGCAAUAUACAAAUUGAUGUUAGGCAUGCUAUUAUUUAAGCGGUAUAGGCUAUAUUAAUUAUACAGCGACUGUAUAAGAUGCUUCAUUACACCACUGAAUAGAUGGCUAUACCCAGACACUCAGUACACUGCAACUACAGAAGCCUGUAAUACUCUGUGCUGAAAUGCUGAAACCACACGUACAGCACGUGCGUGCAUGGCUCGCGUGCGUGUUUGCCUCUCUAAAUAUAGAAAUUAUUAUAGGGUAAGAGGACAUGGUGGAAAAGAAGGAGUGCGGAAUACGGAGUCUUUCAAAACAGUUUAUUUUCCUAGAUUAUUUUUUAUGAGACUCCGCGUUUUCUACUUUCUGCCCCCAUACACUUGCUCUUGCUUACGUCUUUCUCAAUUUGAAACUUUGCGCUAUCCUUGGAUCCCUAGUUUUACUUUUUCCAUUGCACUCUGACAGUACAAACAUGUGUUUAUCCGUAACGUUACAAGACUUACAAAUUACAUUCAAUUACAAAUUACGUUACAAUUUACAUUCUUGUGGCACGGCCACAGAACUGCAUGCAAAACAAAAUUAAGCAAGCCAGUCAGUCAAGGAUUGGAUCACCUUCUUACGCCGUAAAAUGAUUAGUAAAUAAGUAACUAAAAUUUCGUAGUUUUAUCCACAGGUAAUCGCGCUGUUAUGCGUAAAGUGUCUAAUUCAAUUCCUGCGGCCCAUGCAUUGGCACUCCCAAAUAUUUGCAAAAAGAUAAGAAAUCAGCAAGAUGAAUGUGGCAUUAGUGAUAAGAAGAAGCUGCCAUCGGGAAGUCAUCCAGUAUGUGAAUAAGAUGCGAAAUAUUUAGCUGCGUUUUAGCAACCUGUUGUAAAGCCGUACUAAACAUGUCGAAUGUAAACGACAUGAAGUCGCACUUCGCAUAGGCAUAUACACUGGUCAUAAAAAUCACUACCUUUUCAAUAUACUGUAUUCCCAAAAGAUCAUGGGAACCAUACGAAACGCGUUAAUUAUAUCAGUUUUUGCGGCAACCACCGCGUCCGUUUGAUUAAAACUAUGACGUCAUCUACACGAGUGGAGUUGAUCGUAAUGAAUACCAACGGUAUAAUUCGGAUAAAAUAAAUUAUGGAUUAAGCGGUAUUCACCCGGUGCAGUUCUUUAGACAAUUUAGUGCCUAUAAUUUCAAGGUUUUGUUCAGCAUAUAAAAUAUUAUAAUUCGCAUAAAACGAGAUUCGCGAACCGUCAAUUUGUAAAGGAAAACCAAACGUAAAACCUUCGUAUGAAUAAACAGUCAAUUUCGUAUCAUACAGUAUCUACCGAAUAAUGGCAUUAAUUUAUUUAUUUUGUAAUCGAACCACGAACCACCGCACUAGAUUUCAUUAGAGCGGCAGCUUCGGACGAAAUUGUUGUAAAAUAGUUGAAGGAUAGGAAGUACCAAGUUGGUCAUAACCUUUCACUGUCGCUGUACUGGCAACCAUGGAGGAAGGACGAUUGACGUUUUCUUCAGCGGCUAUUCGUGCUUGAGAUGCUACCGAUGUUGGGCCGCGCGGUGCCGUAAAGCCUGAUUCUCAUAUGUCGCCGACGUCGGGGAUGCCCAUUGUCGUUGAUCAUUGAUGAGUAAAAUCUUUUGUCUAUCUUCUUCUUCACUGAUCUCAACAAUGGCAUCGCCGACGUCGGCGACAUAUGAGAAUCAGGCUUAAUGAUACAGAACGUGGUGCCAUCAGAUAAGCUCGACGCUGAAUUCGAGUGCUUGGGCGAGUAUAGGUUUCAGGUUCUGAAAGAAAAGACUAUAUAUAAAGAACGCAGACAAGCAAAAUUUGAGUUGCACUACAUUAGUUAUGCUUGACCCAUUGACAUUGACAUACAUAAACCUUACAAAGACAUACUGCAUGUGCCGAAUAAUAUACAAAACACAGAGCAGCGGAAUAAUCACAAUGGCAUACAUUGGAGGUAACUGCACAUUGAAUAUUCCAUUUAGACAAUGCUGCAAAUAUAUAAAUAUUCCGGCAAUCUGAAAAUAAUAAGCCGCGUGCUACAUCCCACAAUAUAUUGAUUUCAACUGUGGGCAUUUGAUUGCAUUUUCCUUAACGGCCCUGUACGUCUUACUAUUGCGUAUGAGAGAAACGUAUCAGAAGCAUAUGGAAAUUAAUAAAAUAAUUUUCAUACGCACAACGUACCCCUAGCGUAUGUCAGCGUAUCGGGCAGCGUAUGAGUGAUAAUUAUUUUUCAUACGCUGGCAUACGCUAGUACGAUAUUCAAUAGUGUGACAGGGCCUUUAACACAAGAACAAAGACAGAAUAUAUAAUUAUAUACAACCACAUACACAUCUGCACCACAAAUCUUUAAAAUUUUACGGCAAAACUCUGACACAUAUAUACACAAAACAGUACAAAGUUAUAACAAUUAAUCUUAUACUGUAUAUAAAUGCCACAGCAUGGCCAGAAAUCACGGACAUAAUUUAUUCUACUUCCUUACUAAUUUGCGUAUCACUUCGAAAUAUGGCUCCAACAGUAUAUAGUAGAUUGUACAACGCGAUGUUCUAAACGCAAAAUCUGAGAAUAUGGUAGAUCCUUUGCAAAUCGCUGGUUGCAAACGAUCUACCAUAUUCUUAGAUUUUGCGAUUUACCUCAUCGCGUUGUACAAUCAAAGUGAUAUGUAAAUUUUUAUGGAAUUAGAAUAAAUUAUGUCGGGAUUUCUGGCCAUGUCAUGAAAAGGUUCUGUGUGGACGUCUAAAACAGUCAAGUUGCUCUAGCCCAUAAAACAUGAAAUUACUUCUGAACAUAUAACGGUAACAACGAGAAGUAAAUUACUAAUAUAAAGCUAAUACACCAGAAUAAGCAAUAUAAGAAGGCUAACAAAACCAAACACAGUCAAAGUAUCAUAUGUACAACACGUACAAAAGAAGGAAGUAGUAUAAUCAUGGCAAAAAACGUGGUAGCCGCAAAUUGAAAAUCCCGUAGCAGACGGUACAAUUGGGCAAUGCCAGUGCGCAUUGUUGGCCAUCUGAAAACAUAGAAAGCUGCUCCACCCAACCAAUGCGUUAAUUUCGAGAAAGGUCAUAUGAAAACAGUUCAAUUACACUGCUCUGUCCCGCAAAUGGUUAAAUAAAACACCACAAAUACCCACUAUACAGGGUGUAUAAAAAAAACUGGACAGGUUUGAAAUUGCUCUCAAUUUCGCAAAACAGCUUUUAGUAUCCAGUUUUUUAUACAUAUAUAGUUUCUUUGGGUACUUAUAAUGUAGAAUAAUGAAUAAUGAAAAAAAUUUUCGAACUCAAAUUUGUAAACCGGGGGGGGGGGUUUCCAACAAACUAAAAAUGGCUUGCGCACGAGAUUUAAAAGCUUUAAUCGUAUCUUGAGUUAACGGAUGAAAAAUGUGUUGGGUAUUUAAUUGCUGCACGAAAUUUGAGAAAAUUUGCUUCAGUUUAAGCCCUUUAACUAUUUACGCAAACUUACAUUUUCUUCCUAAAAAAUCAGCCUUUUGCAUGCUUAAUUAAUACAUUUGCUUAAUUUGCUUAUGUCAGCAAUACGCAAAUUAGGUAAAGGCAUUUAUUAAGCAUGCAAAAGGCUAAUUUUUUAGGAAAAAAAUAAAUAGUUAAAGGGCUUAAACUAAAGCAAAUUGUCUGAAAUUUUGUACAAUAAUUAAAAACCCAACAAAGUUUCCAUCCAUUAACUCAAAUUAAAGCUUUUAAAUUUCGUGCGCAAACCAUUUUUAGUUUGUUAGAAAAAACACACAUAGUACGUGGCGUGCUUUCUUUAAUGUGCGAAAUUAAUUUCUCUUGUCAUGCAUGCGCGUACGUCAAUUAGAAUCACUUCACUACCUUUGAAAUGGCGUGGUUGAUGUAACCCUUUAAUUAAAUUUCGAAUGACGCGAGCCAUCAGAUCACGACACUUUGGAAUAUAAAAAGGGCGUGUGAAUUGAACAAGUCACAUUAUUAGCACUGAUGAAAAUCAGGCUUACGGAUCGAACGCUUUGCAGUAAUAAAUUUACGUGGUGUUCCCACAAACAAAAUGUAUUAUAGAUUAUAUCAUGAAUAACCAUUAUGACCACGAGAAAAUGCGUGAGCAAAACUGCUUAUGACACACUGAGGGUUGCAUAUCCUCCAACAAUUUAGACUUUGUAAAUGCCUGAUGGUCAAAUUUGAUUCAUAUUUAAGAGUGUAUUGUAGUCGCCCCUAUAAACUGCGACUGAAAAGUCAUGAAUAUGUUCAAGUAAACCAACAUAUUAUUAUGCAUAAAUACUAUAUAUUUACCCAAAUACAGAAGAUAAAUCUCUUUCGUCCAAUUUCUUGAUGUGCACUUCAGCCCUUGUAAAAUAGGAAAGGAAAGAUGGCCCGCUUCACCAUUGAUAAAUACCGUACCUUCCAAUCAUGUGACUAUACUUAAAUUAACUUGCGCGCACAAAUAACCUAUUUGCAUAAUUAAUUUUGGCUAUAAAUUAUUCCCGGAAGCAAUAAAAACUAUCGCUGUGGCAAUAAGUUACUUUAUGUUUUAGCUUGCAAGAGAUGCCUUCGAACGAUUUUAGUCAAUUACUUCGGCUUUAGAUACUUAGGCUGCAGUGAUCCUUUUUUUUACUUUUUCCAUUGCACUCUUACAAUAAAAACGUGUGUUUAUCCGUAACGUUACAACGGAUCGUAUACGUAUACGACACGCUUAUGAUUUUUCAUUGUGUUUUCCUCAUGAAUUAUUAAUGAGUUUUUGAAUUGGUUAUAUAGAAUGCUUUUAUUCCCACAAUGCCUCAUGAUGAUGCUCCUGAAGUUUUGGGGGCAAUCCUUGACGGUCGGCCUUAUGGUAAGUCAAGGAACAACCUAAAUCAAACUAAAGUUAGCAGCGACCUUUAGCCCAGUGCGGUGUGCAAAAUUAGCAACGUCGACGCGUCACCUAAUGAGUAAAUAGACGGCUAUAUAAGCGCGCAUCUCUAGUGUGCAACGAUUCUGAAAAUGCUUAAGUGAUUUUUUUACUUUUAGAGUGCCCAAAUGGACAUCGUUAUGUUAUUAUAGAUGUAAGUAGUGUAAAUGCACAAUACUAUACAUAUAUAUAUAUUGUAUAGCAUUGCAAACAUUUGUCAGAACAAACACUUUAAAUUUGCAGCGUUUUUCAGGCCUCGAAAUUCAGGCUGACAAUCGGCAAAUACUGACCUGAUUGCCGACGUAUCGUGAUAUCAGUUGGCAAAAAAUUGACGUGUUAUAUAGGAAAAUUUUACUAUAGAUUACAACCGACGUAUUUUUUUGAAACUUAAAUUAGGCUUUCUUUCCUGAUUAUUUUUUUCGAUAAUUUCUAGGCUUGUUUUUCAAACAACUUUUCAAGAUUUUUCAUGCAUGCAUGCAGUGUUUCCGCCACACAUUGUGUGUUUUUUACUUUAUACAAGAGGUUUCCAUGCAGGAGAUUGGUCAUAUAAAUAUGGUAUCACGAUGGAAGAUAUUCUUUACAUGUAAAAUUAAGAUCAUUUCUACGUUUUGAUUGGUAGGACAAUUUUUUUCAUGUAGAGAAUUAUAGCCUUUUAGUUGGCUAGUGUUUUUGCCGUCUAAAAGUUGUUUUGCACCCUCAAGAACUAUAAACAUGGCACAAGCCUAGCGAAAUCGUGAAAGUGGACUUUUCUGUUGAAUUUUCCCCUGUAAAACGUCUGAGAACCUCUUUUUUUUAAUUCCAGCAAGAAAAUGAAACAUACAUUGUAAGAAAUUUGUUUUGAGUUAUGGAUAUACUUCCCUUCCGUCUCAAUUUUUUUAUCUCUAUAGCUUAUAUAUAUAUAUAUAUAUAUAUAUAUAUAUAUAUAUACAGGGUGUAUAAAAAAAACGCAAUCCUCGACUGAAAUGUAAAUUGCUAAACAAAUAAUAGACGAAAACGUUAAAGUUUACAUUCAUUUUAAAGCGUAGCCAUUCAGCUUUCUAACAGUGGGUUGUUUCUUAAAUUUGACUCAUUGGUUCGCGGGUAAUACUACUUUACGUUAUUGCGAUUGGAGAUUAAAAAAAUUGAGAUGGAAUAACAAAUCGUUCUCAUGAAAAUAACUGAUUUUUUCAUUAAAACAAAAAAAUGUUGCAUUUUAAUAAAUGGAUUGUAACAAUAAGUAUAAUUACGGCUUUACUUCCACUAUUUUUAACACAGUUUGAAACUUCAAAUGCGAUAUAAUUUUGGCUUGGACCAUCUAAGCUGACUGACAUCAGCUUGCUAUAAUUUCUGUUUACAUUACAUCGUAAUUCGAUGACACUCUGGCUCAGACACCAGAAUGUUUUGAUUCUAUGAUUUUUAGCGUUCGUUUGGGAUUUUCAAACAACCUGGUCUCUUUUAAAAUACUUUUAAUUUGUUCUUACGUGGUUUUCCAGAUGUAGUGACGACAACAUUAAAGUUUAAAGAAGUAAUAUAUAUAUAAACUGAUUCACUCGUUCGCUGUGCUCUCACCAAAUAUGAUAAAACACUCCUUCUCGUGUUUUAAAUAGCUUAAAAUACGACUACAAAAGAAUGCUAAUUAGGAUGAACAAUUAUAUAAUCAUACUAAUUGGGAUGAACAAUUAUAUAAAGAAUACUAAUGAAGAUGACUUGAUCAGAUAUAAAGUCACUCCACGUGACAUAUUAUGGCUGACAUGAUUUGCCACAAGGUUUAUGAAUAGCAGCUAAAAUUUACGCACAUGAGAUAUCCAAUAUAUGUACGUGUACGUAUACUGUGUUCUAUUCUUUGUAUAUUUACUUUUUAGUGUGGACGGCCAAACGAAAAAUCUAAUUGCCCAACAUGUCGCCUCGCCAUUGGCGGCGUGAGUAUGCACGUUUUAGCAGCAAACAACAGAGAAGUAUCAAGGUGAAUAUUUACAAAGCAAAUAAGCGAAAAGUUUUCUAUGUUUCCCGCAUGUGGGACAACAACUUUGACGUUUCGAGCGAAGUCCCAAUGGUAUGGGACGGCCGGGAAAACGCAUGUGUUUUUACAGUAAACACAAAACGAGCAAUCAAAUGCCGAUGAUGAAAUUAAACCAAUAAGAUGGAUUUAGUCAAAACGAAGUACAAUAAACAAAAUACUGUAUAUAAAUCAUGUUGCAGGGAUUGCAUGGCUGAGAGGGACCCCAGGGAUAUGCACCGGAAUCGCAGCGCCUCAGGUUCGAUUCAUGCCGGAGGGCCGAUAGUUGCAUGUUUCGCAACUGCAUUCUCCUGGUUAAGUUUAAUAAAUGUAUAAAAAUUUACACUCGAAAUUUCCAUGUACAAAACCCUUACUUUGUUCAAAUCCCGUUCUUACUUUGUUAAAACCCGUUCGGAAUAAAUGAAUUUUCUUUAAAUCUGUAGUAAUAUCAUACCAAACGUGGAGUAUAUAUAGCAGGAAUAUCUGAAUCUUCUAUUCUGAGGAAUCUGCAGAAAAGUUGUACUUUUAUAAACCUAGAAUAAAGACAGAAAAACUUAGGGAAAGUUUUAUAAUCUAUAAUUCGUGUGAAGUAUAAAUUGUAGCUAGUUGUUCUAUAUUCUAAAUAAUUUUUAGCUAAUUAUUCUUACUAUUUAUUAACUUUAACGCAAUUCAGCCCAUGGCUGUAAAGUUUUACUAUUGAACCAUCUAUUUGUCUAUCUAUCUAUAUACAGUAUUUUUUCUUUGUGUAUUUUUAAUUUUUGUUGCAAUUAGGGAAGAUCGAAGUAGCACUGGUCACAUUCUUGGACCUACUCAAGCUCUACAGCAAAACGUAACCCAACGAAAUUUGAAUCCUUUGUGUUGUGGUGUUUUACGUUGCCUUACGCAUGUAGCCAUGUUGUUGGGAACAGAACAGAAUAUUCAAGUAUGUCAACUGAACCUAUUUUAAAAACAUUUAUCUUACACUUGUUAUGGGAAAUUAAAUCUUACGCCGAGUUGCGCCUCUUAGGCUGUCUCAGUAAAAACAACCCAGUCAGUCAAUUCUGACUCAAAAAAUAGAUUUCCCCCAUAUACUUAAUUUAAAUAUUUUGAAGGUCUGACCUUAGGAACAACUUAUUUCAAAUUAGUUUCUUUUAAAAUUCUUUUAAAUCUUUUGCGACCGAUAAAUAUUAACCCCGUCGAAGGUCAAUUUCGAAAGCUGUCUGAUUGGAAAAUAUGGACAUAUUAGGACCAUUUAUACGGGACAAAAUAAGAUGCGACUUAAAUAAGACGCGAGUUUGUCGUAUAAAAGGUACAAAAUUCUUGUGUAAGACGCGUCUUGGAUAAGACGCGUCUUACAUAAGAACAGGACUUUUAGCUGUUCUUAUUUAAGUCGCGUCUUAAAUAAGAAAUUUUGGACAAAAAUUCUAACUACACAUGCCCGAAACUUGAAACAACGUAAAAUUAUUAGCCUUGCAUAUUAAAACAAAAACAACCGAAACAACAUUAUAGCAAUAGAAAGUACAAAUAAGAAUAAAUCCUUAGAGAACCAUUUAUGCGAUAACCUCGCUUAUAUAAGACGCGUCUUAUGUAAGACGCGACUUAUUUUGUCCCGUAUAAAUGGCCCUAAUGUCACAACUACUAAAAAAUAAAUACGUUCUUAAAUGAUAACAUUUUUACACGAAAGUAUAGCUGUUAGUAUUGUCUGUUAAUCAGAUACAAAGGUAUGUUGUUUUGUAUUGUGGCAGCAACCAGGUAUAUGUUCUGGUAAGCCUCAUGCACAAGGUGAGUGAUUGUCUCAAAAUACAUGCAUAAGCUUAUUUCAAAAUCGUGGCACCUGAUGUUUAAAUGUUUUAUACUUCUGCUAAGGUACUAACUUCAGUCAAUACAAAAACACAACUGAAAUCUUUCUGCACUACGUUUUUGGAAACAUGCGUCAUGGCAAGCACUUCAAUUUUCGUAAAAAUUACAAAUUUUCAAAAGCAGCAAGAAUUGCACUUAAUAUCGUCAGCGAAACUCGAUGUAUAUUAAGGUGGCUCAAUACACUUUCGGAUUAAGGAGGAUUGCCAGUUUUUUCUGGCAAAAAACUGCAUGGGAUUUUAGUCGCGGCUAUUUUCACAGGAUUUUCGCUAAACAAAUUAGAAGCAGGUAAAAAUUACAGAAGUGAAUUUUGGAAUACUUCAGUGGCAAAAAACAUCCACAAAAGCAGGAACGGAAAGUUUGCCGAAAAAAGGUUUGAUAGCUGGUGAGAAAGCGGCAGAGCUACAAAACGAAGGCUGAACUUUGAAGAAAACACAAGUGAAAACAAAUGUACACCAGCGAAAAGAAUAACGUGCACGAAUAACACAGGCAAGUGUGCAACUGAAUUAAUACUAUGUGAAAGCUCUGAACGACAAAAACAUACUAAUUAAAGCAAACAUUAUUUACAACUGUAGAGAUUCAGGAUGAAAAUAUUUUCCACAUGCCUCAAGGAGUCGUAUUGUAGAUCUACAAGUGUUGACAAAGAGUCUGUCUAUGUGCAGUCACUGUUUACAAGGUAUAACAACUAUCAUAGUGCAAGCUAAGACUGCAAAAUGGGGCAGAAAUAUUUGAAAAUUAUUCUAAGUAUAAACAGUGCACCACACUUGGAGUACAUAACAAAGAGCCCCAUGUGAAUGGGGGAUAUUUAAGAAUAUUGUGAAUAUUGAAAGAUAUUCAAAACCUGCAACCUCCCCCCCCCCCCUAGUUUUAUCUUACUUUUGGAAGAAUUACAAUAUUGAUAUUUACAUAAAGUGUGGCGUUUCAGACCCUCAUAGCCCCCUUUAGCUAUGCGCAUGAUUGCAAAUUCACUAGAAUGAUCUUGUUUCAGGACCACUGGAGUUGAACAACAUCAUCAAGGAGGAAAAGUUUGGUCUUGUGCAAGCAUCUUUGACAUAAAAUGCAACCUGUGUGGAAAAAUCAAUAAAAUUAAAACAUCAUCAGAACAUAGAAGUGGAAAGCGCGGCCGGUUGACAUACAACAAUUCUAGAGCUGUACUUGGUUCUCUUCAUGCUGGCAUUGGUAAUACCCAUCUAAGUAACCUGGUUGCUACUAUGAACUUAAUUCCAACAAUGAACAACAAGACAUUUAAAUCUCGUGAAAGAGAGGUAGGGAAAGCUGUGGAGUCAUUGGCCCAAACGAGCUGCAAAACCAACAUGGAAGUUGAAAAGAAAAUGGCAGAAAAGAAUAGGGAGGUGGCAGACGAGAAUGGCUUAAUUGGCAUCCCUGUGUCAUACCACAUGGGAUGGCAAAAGCGUGGAAAAGGACAACUCGCUGACUGGACAAGGGUGGCUAUGGGCAUGCAGACUGGAUGUGUCUUGGCGUAUACAACAACGUGCAAAUCGUGUAGAGUGUGUGUCCAUGCCCGGGAGAAAGGAAAGAACCAAGGCGACAUGACUGCAGAAAAAAUCAUGAUGGGUCAUCGAAAGCAAUGGAACCAGCAGUUGCGUGUGAACUGUGGAAUUCAGCCGCCACCAAAAACGCCAGAUUCUCCAUAUUUAUGUAGGUGA